UACCGCACAUGCGCAGUGCGGCAAUUAUUUCCCACGUUUCCGCAAAUUUCUUGAAUUAUUGAAAUAAUUAAAUAAUUACGUGUAAUCACGAUUAAUGACUGAUUUAAUUAUCAAAACGAAUAAUUAGAAAAUUCUGAAAUUGACAAGUGGUGGAGGAAAUAAAUAAAACGGAAUGGCUCGAAGGAGGGAAAUCAAAACAAACCGGUGACACCGUUAAUUUUUUCCUCGAAAAAUGUAAUAAACUCCUUAUUUAGAGGCUCAGAGUAAUUGAAAACGGGUAGACAUGAAUCUGAAGGAGCCAGUAAGGAAAAAACGGGUGCGCCAGCGGUCCCAUGGGCCUUUUCCUAUUCCUUUCAACAAAGAUGACAAGUGGGUUAUGUAUACAGCUCACCUGAGUGCCUCAGGAACUUGCAUUGCUCAUCCUGAGGAGAUGGCCGCAGUCUACUGCAUGGGUUUCUUCGGGAAGGGCUCGUUGUCCAGGGGAUUUCCAUCCUUCGGGAAACGUCGAUUUGGAGCUCCUCCUCAGAUCAGGGAACGCCAGUGGAAGAGGAGGAAGCGAUGGCUGGAGGAUGUGAAGAAAUUACAGGCUGAACCUUUUGUAUUUCGGGGAGAGUCUGGAGUGGUGGACCUGGAACCGAAUAUUGAGGGUUCUGAGGAGUUUUUGGAACCCUCAGAAGGAGAUUCUGGGCCUAAAAGUAGUGGAGAGUCAUCCAAAGGGGGUGAGGAAGCCUCUGGAAUCGUUGAAAGCCAUAAGAGUGAGAAAAAUGGGGAGCAAUCGUCUGAAUCUGAGGAAAAAAUUGAAGAAAAUAAUUCUGAGGGUCAAGAGAACUCAAAGGACUUGACAAUCAUUACAAAUUUGUCAGGAGAACAUGAUAAAAGUAAAGAAAAUGAUGAAAUAUCAACUCUGGAUUCUUCAAAUCCCGAAAAUGCACCCAUAUCCCAGGAGAAAUCAUCAGAAAAUCAUUCUGAACCUCUGGAAAUUAAAGAAAUUCAGGAAGUGGAAAUAACUCAAGAAAAAUCGCCUCGUGCAGCUAAAACUCCAGGAGUAGCUCAAGAAACUGAAAAUUCUCGAGAAAUCGACGAAGUAGUUCUCGAUUCCACAGAGGAAGAGGAAGUCCUUGAGAUAAUGGACCCUAACAAAUCCGGAGAGACAGACUCCCAGGACGACAUAUGUGUGUUGAACGAGGAAAUAUCAAAGCCAGACAAUUUUCUUGAGUUUCUUCUCCCUCAGGAGAAGCCCCAGGUGAAUCCUAACGAGAUACUGGUGCUACCUGAUAGCGACGAAGACACUGAGGAUUACCUCAAAAACAUUAAACCCAGAAUCGAGACCGAAGGCUUUCCAGUCUCCGAAACUCUUCAAUUGACCUUCGAGGAGACGUUUUUCCUGAUGUAUGGACUGGGGUGUCUACAAGUGGUCAAUUAUGAUGGACAGAUCUUCAGUAUUAUCGAGGCCUGGAGGCAUUUUAACGAGCAGGAUGAGGGGUUCUUUAGUAAAUACGUCGUUUAUCAUUAUUUUAGAAGUAAGGGCUGGGUCGUGAAACCUGGACUCAAGUGUGCUGGCGAUUUCGUGCUGUAUAAGAAAGGCCCGCAGUUCUAUCACGCGUCGUACGUCAUUUUUGUGGAGGUGGUGGACGGUGACAAUCUCCUGAGGGACGACACCCAGACUAAGAGGGACACCUCCUGGAUGAAUAUUCAUUGUUUGAAUCGGCUGGCUCAGAGUGUCGCUAAGGAAUUAUUAAUCGUCCAGGUGCUCUGGCCCUCGACAGUCCCCAGGAACAGCAGUCCAGUUCCUCUGGAGGCAUUAUCAGAGUUCACAGUUCGUGAACUCCUGAUGAGACGAUGGAAUCCUAAUGAAACCUGCGAUGCAAUUCCCCUCGACGAAGAGGACGAGGACUCCGAGGACGAGGAUUCGUCCUAAUUUCAACAUAAAUCUACUUUUAUGACCAUUAACAUUUCCAGAAUAACUUUUCUAUAUUUUUAGUUAUGUACAUAAACUGAAUAUUUCAGCUUGUA